ACCACCACGAGCACAACAAUGAGAUACCUGGUGUCGGCGUCCGCGGCCGCGCUGGUCCUGGCCGCCGUCCUCGCCGCCGCGCCGCGGCUCGCGGGGGCCAAGGACGAGUGCGGCGCCACCCCGCCGGACCAGGAGGCCCUGAAGCUGGUGCCGUGCGUGGCGGCGGGGAAGGACCCGGACUCCAAGCCUUCGGACCGCUGCUGCGCGGCGGUGAAGGAGAUCGGGGAGAGGAGCCCCGCGUGCCUCUGCGCGGUGCUGCUCUCCAAGAUCGUGCGUCGGGUCGGGGUCAAGCCCGAGGUGGCCAUCACCAUCCCCAAGCGCUGCGACCUGGCCGACCGCCCCAUCGGCUACAAGUGCGGCGACUACACCAUGCCCAGCCUGCAGCUGAAGGACUGAUCGACGGUUCACCAGGAUCUGGCACCAAAGCGGUUAAAUAAGGCUAGUAAGUUCGGGCAAAUUUGACAAAUUUGACCUAUAGACGCAAUUAAAUCACAGAAUGAACUAUCCGUAGAACUAUUUCACGCGGCUGACCUGUGGCGCCUAGCUCUCGCCUGGGAGCUAGGCGCUGCACUAGUGCAACGCCUGGGAGCUAGGCGCUGCACUGUAUAGUGUGGCGCCUAACUCUCAGGUGCUGCACACGACUUAGUAAUUUUCUGAUCACACGUGUGCGACGCUGGCCGUGUAGCGCCUAUCUGUGAGGCGUUGCACAGCGUAGUGUGGCGCCUUCGUGGCGGGCGUCACACAAAAAGGUCAGCCGCGUGUAAUAGUUUCACUGAUAGUUCAUUCUAUGAUUUGAUUCCGUCUGUAGGUCAAAUUUGUUAAAUUUGCCAGUAAGUUCGUGUCUUCGUAUGCGGACACCAGUACAUUUGUAUGGAGAGAAUGAUCCCCGUGCUUCAGUGGCUUUGUUGGUGCCGUGAAUCCAGGAUGCAAAGAUCGACGCCGUUGCGCCGAACUCUGAAAAUGGCAGCAUUUCUGAUUGUUGAUCGCGUGAAAACAUAAUCGAGCACUCCUUAUCAUGUAGCCAGAAAAGACCAUAGAUUAUUUUCUAUUUUUGCGGGAAAAAAAAGAGACCAUAGAUUCUGUCUGUAUACAAACGCCUAUAAUCCCGAUGGUAACGUGCGGGUAUCCGUUACCAAAGGUAGAAGCUGAAACACUGUCACGCUGAUGGAGGCUUGCUCCUGUGUAUGAAAUCAUUCGACAAAUUGUAUAACGGAAGAAUAUAUAUAUA